AUGACGAUUACGUUGGAUGAUGUUGCUAAUAUUUUGGGAUUGCCUAUUAGGGGUGAGUUCUACAGUCCACCUGAUGUAGAUAGAUUAACGACAUGUAAUCUUGUCGCCACUCUAUUAGGAGUGAUCACAACAGAGAUCUGGGAGGAGACCAUGAAGACUAGAAGUGCGCACUAUAGACUGGAUUGGUUGAAGGAGGUCUUCAAAAGGCAGUGUGCAACAGAGAGAUUUGACUGUGCUGCUAGGGCAUAUCUGUUGAAUUUAGUAGGGAGUAUUAUUUUCGCGGAUAAGAGUCAUACUCUAGUUGAUGCGAAGUACCUUCCUUUAUUCAGAUAUUUAGACGGUAUAGAUAAAUAUGCAUGGGGUAGUGCUGCACUCGUGGUGAUUUAUGACUACCUCUCAGAUGCCUGUUGUUACGACACCAAACAGCUAGGUGGAUAUAUGACACUGCUUCAGGGUGCUGAUGUGCAAUGCUUUGCCCGAAUGAAUAAAUGGUGCUACAAACAAGGCAAACAUAAGGUUCAUGAAUACAGACGUAUUAUUGAUGCAUUGACACCUGCAGAUGUUAUAUGUAGAUCAUGGGAGAAUCAUAGGGGUGUAAUUCCUUUUGAUGAUAUCAUGCUUUAUACUGGUCACAUCCGAUUAUGGAGCACUGUAGUGAAAUAUCUUCAAGAGAGAUGUUUGAGACAAUUUGGAUAUAUCCAAUAUAUUCAUUCACCGCCACUUCCAGAUCCUUCUAGAUUAUUUGAUGUAGAUGUGGAAUGGUUGGGAUAUGUGACGACAGUGUCUCAUCCACUGCUUGUGCGACCAGAUGGUGUACCUCAGGUCCCACAUUAUAGUGUACUGCCCACCAGUGCAGAUGCUUCUAGUUCACAGCUGGCACCUAUCCUAUAG